UUUUACUUCUGUGUAUACUACCAAUACGCCAUCUUUUAAUUGUUUUCCAAACAAUUAUCGAUAAAGAAAGCAAAUACCCCCAAAAAAAUCAUGAAGAAAUUUUGGGAUAUGUUUUUAUCAAUGCACCAAAGCGGUCUCUUUUGUUGACUGGUUAAGGCUAUUAAUCGAUAAGUGUGUCCUUUGGUUGGGAAAAACUAACAACAGAUGUCGCUGUGCUGCGCAAUCAGCCUGCGAGAGAGCUCUCUUCCUUUCCGGCUCUCUCUUAGCCCGGCAAGCGAUGACUCCAAUGUUUACAUUUUAACGACCUGCUCACUCACACAGCGAAAGUAAAGCGAUUGAGCUUCGGAUGCGAGUUCUUCUUCGACUAGGACUUCGUAUCUUCGGCUCUCAGCUGCUGCUAUCGCUGCCGGCGUCGCUGCUUUUGGACAGCCGUUGCUGCUUUUACCGCUGAUUUUGGCCACAGUGGCUCCGUUAUUUGUGCGUGCGCGUUGCCAAUAAACGGGCAGCGGCCUCUGCUCUUGUGUGAUAAAAUAAUGUGGAUUCCUGUGGAUUUUCCAUUUCGAUUAACCGUACAUCGUUAACCGUUAGCCAAUUAAUCUGUGUGUUCUCCCAUUUUUUAACCGACCACAACAACAACAACUACAGCAACAAUCGAAAUAAUAACAACAACAAUGCAUAGUUCCUGCUGAGUAGCUUUUUUGUAUAAUCGAAUGAGUGUCCUUUUGUGUAUUUGUGCGAGAUCCAAGGUAAACCAGAUGAAAGCCAAUCGAGCAACAACAAUAAGAACAACAACCGCAACCGCAACUAAACACUGCCGCCUACAAACAAUAAGUUAACAACAACAAAGCGAAGAGGAGGAAAUCCCCAAGAACCCAAGAAGAAUCGGCCAAAGACGAAGAAGUGUGGCCAAAAAGAGACAGAGAAAAGCACUCAAACCUCGUAGCUAGCUUGAAUUUCCCAUAGCAGAAAGGAUAAUCCAAUUCAAAUGAAUAAAUUACUUUAAAAAAAAGUUACAAGCUAUAUUAAACGGACACCGUGCAAAAAAAAAAAAAAAAAAAAAAAAAAAGAAUUCAAUAAAUAAUAAACAAUAAGAGCAACCAGAAUAAAAACGUACGAAAACUGCCAAAUACAACAAUCUUCAACCACAACUCACAACGAUGUCAUACAUUAACCAUAUACAAAAACCAUUAACAGCAAACUCUAAAAGAUAUUAAAAGAGUAAACAAAUUUUCCAAACACAAACAACAAUCAUUUGCGAUAACAUCAAUAUCGAUUGAAAUCCAAAAACUUCAACAACGAAAGAGUUAACAAUUAGCUGUUAUAAAUCAACUACUUAAAACAUUCCAGCAAAUGCAUAAACGUAACAAUUUUGAAAAAAUCAUGUUCUUUUCAAAAAAUAAAACAAAGUGCUUACCAAAAUUAUUAACAAUAAUUCUAUCUAUAUAUUCCGGUAAAUUCAACUAAAAACACUGAAACUCGCACAAAAACUGUAACUUAAAUUACUUUUAAUCAUCAACUAUUCUAGGAACCACAAUAAAUACAAACUUUAAUUAAUGUUGUGGUUUACACAAAACGAAUGUAUCUUAGAUCUACGGCUUCCAUAAUUGUAUAGCAUACUAAACAAAAAAAUCAAAGAAAGCGUUUAUAGCUAUCGUAAAAUAAAAUACUUAUACAAGAAUCAAUUACAUUAUUGUCGGAUCACAAAUUUACACAAUUCAAAACGCACAAAUCAUUAAACCAUAAUUAAUGAAUAUUGUUGAGUCAACUUAAAAACGCACAACAACAAAUGUUAAUACUAAUAUUGAGUUUUGGCUUAAAGAAAAAGUAAAUACAUUAAUGAAACAAUUAAAUAAUAUAAUGUUUUAAAAGAAGUAUAUUCAAUUAUAAAAAUAUUAUUCAAAAACGUAUCCAAUCACCGUCAACGAACCACCAAAAGGAUUGCAGUAGAUUCUUCAGAUGGAUUGCAUGAGGCACUAACUUUAAUGGACCCUUUUUAAAAACAAUUUGGUUGUACAAAUUAAUGUAAUGGAAUCUAUAUUAAGCUAACCAAAGAUAUUCCAACAAACUUCACCAAAACCCCCGAAAUUUCAAUAACCAACGAACCACCCAGCAGAAUCUUUAAGAUGGAGCGCAUGUGGCGAAAAGUGAACCACAGUUUGCGCAACACCAACAAAUCGCAACAACAGCAAGGACCAGGUGGCGAUGGAAGCGCCGGUGGUGCCGCCAUCGGUGGCACUGCAGCCACGCCCCAAUCCACGGACACCAUCAGUUCGGCUGGCGGUUUCGGCGACGGUCAGCUGGUGGUCGCCGUCCAAGGAUUGGCCUCCGGCGGUGUGGGAUCCAUCACUGCCACCGGCGGCAGCAACGCCACCGGACGACGACUGGCGAGCAGUGGCGGCGGCUGCAACAAGUCGCUCAGCCAGCAUGUCCUGCAGACACGUACCGCUUCCUCGGAGCGCCGCAGGCGACGCAGGCGCAAGAGUCGCCCGAGACGCGGCGGCGGCAUGGGUGCGGUCACCAGUUGCGUCGGAGAUCCCGGCGGCGAUAACAUGUCCUCCUCGGGCGGCUUCUACACCCUGAAGGAGCACCAGCACUAUCGUCCCAGUCACCAUCACGGCGGAGGCGUUUCCGGCGGAGGCGGCUCCUCGAGGCGUCUCUUUGCCACUUCGGCGCCCAGCGGCACAGUGAUGAUGUACCCGAAUCCCCAGCGAGUCGCGGCACUGGCACCAUCUGGAGGAUCUGGACCCGGACAGCCCACCACUUCGGGUGGUGGUGGUGGCGGAGCAGGAGGAGGAGGUGGCGGUGGCGGUGGAGGAGGAGGAGCAGCCGGAUCCGGAUCUGGAGGACCGCCGGACAUCUCGCUGCGACAGCGGGCGGUGGCCAAGUUGCGCAUGUUCAACUUCCAUCUCAACUGGGAUCUGCACAUGACGCACUGCAAGCCCUGCGGACCCCGUCUGAGUGGCAGUGGUGGCAACAUAAUUACCCGCCGUUUGUGCCGCAAUCGUCGGCGGGAGGACAACGAACUGUACCGCUCCAACAGCUUCAAGUUCGAGCGAUUCGAGCGCAAGGAGUGUCUGGAGGAGCUUUCCAACACGUUGCAGAAGCAGAUUGCCAUCUGUGAUGAUUACAGCCUGCCCGUAGACUUUGUUAAAAAACGACCGUCCAGCUUCGAUCCGUGCCUGGCGGAGGCGAUACCAGCGAAUCCCGAGCACUGGAUUGCCCCCAGUCCGCAAACCGAGUUUCUGCCGUUCGGCGAAGCCCAACAAGCGUUGCAGCUACCAGCGGCAACAGUAGCAGCAGCAGUAGCAGCAGCAGCAGCAACAACAUCAGCAGCAGCAGCAGCAGCAGCGGCGGCAAACGCAACAGCAGCAGCAGCGGCACCGCAACUACCGCCCCCGCUGCCCGCUUCUGUGGCAACAUUGCCCAGUCAGGCGGCAACGGCAGCAGCGGCAGCAACAGCUGCUAUUUUGGCCACCCACCAACAGCAACAGCAGCAGCAGCAGCUACAGCAGCAACACCAGCAUUUGAGCAGCAGCAACAACAACAACAACGGCGGCAACACACACAGCCAACAGAAUACGCACAACAACAACAACAAUACAUUGCCAGUGGGGGCUCAGCAGCACCAUCAACACCACCAGCAACACCAGCAGCAGCAGCAGCAGCAACGUGCAACAUUGCAACACCCGCCGCUGCCGAACAGCAACAUUAAGCAGGCAUCGGUGAAGCUGAUCGAAGGAUACUCGGAUCCGAAGGAUACGCGCAAUCACAAGAAGGUCUAUCAUAAAAAGGCCAAGAAGCGAUCUGGCCCCAAUCACAAGCGCCACUUGCAACAGCAGCAAGUGCAGUUGCAGCAGCAGCAACAGCAACAUCUGCAGUCAUUGCCAACGCCAAGAACUUCCCAGCAGCAACAACAACAGCAGCAGCAGCAACAACAAUUGCAGCAACAGCGGCAUUCCACCUACAACAACAACAACGGAAACUUGAGGAAGGAUAAACGCAACAGUCAAUAUAAUUCAGACUCGUCGGCGCCAAAGUCCUCCGACGACGAGGCGGACAUAGACGAGGAGGUCGAGCAGCAGCCGCUGCCCGUGCCGCAGGUUUCCGCCCAGUCCGCUCCCCUCACAGCGGCGGGUCUCAACUCCCCGGACUCGAUAUCCGAUGACCUGGUGCGUCCGCUUCCGCCGCAACUUCAGCGCAGUCCGCGCAAACUGACCGUUGCGCCCGCGGAGCACAACAAGCGCCAGCCAUCGCCAUACUACUACUCCGAUCUUCUCAAGAGUCGCGACAAGGAUAAGGACAAAGAUAAGGACAAGGAUAAAGAUAAGGAUAAAGAUAAAGAUAAGGAUAAGGACAAGGACAAGGAGAGGGACAAGGACAGGGAGGACUUCAAGCUAAAGUGCCGCCAGUCGACGGCCAGUGAACCGCCGCAGCAAACCCAAACUCAAUUGGGUGGCUAUCGCAAGAGCUCUAGCUUGGAUGUUCCACCGGCGGAGGAGCAGCAGCAGCCGCCACAGCCACCGCCGGAAGCAGAGAGCCACGAGGAGGAGGAGGACCUCCGAACCGCACAGGAUUCGCAGUCGACUCCGAAGCGGUACAGCUUCACCGAGGAGGGAGUGCACAUCAUCCGCUGCGAGACCCCAAGCACCAGCACUUCGGAGGAGUCCGACUGCAGCGAGUGCCUCAAGCGACGCGAGUGGCACGCCCGGGCCUUGGCCCUAGUCCGCAAGACCUGUAACGUCCAGCCGCGCAACCAGAACCACAAUCAGAAUCAGAACCAGAGUCCCAAUCAGGGUCAGAAUCCCACAGGCAGUGAGCUACAGCUGCAAUUGCAGCACUGCGACGCCGGCGAGGGCGAGCUGCUCAAGUGCUGUCCACCGCCACCGGCUCCAGCGGAGAUCCAGGUCCAGGUCCAGCCGAUGCCACCGCACCGCCUGCUGGGACCAGCAGCCGUGUGCGGAGCCUGCAUCACAUCCGCUCCUGCCUCCUCCUCGCUGGCCGGCGGACGGGGCGGCGAGCCCGGCGAUGAUCUGGAGGAGGAGUACUUCCGGCCGCGCAGCAUCUUCUACGUGCAUCCGCAUGGGGUCCACGAGUGCGCCGAGUGCGCCCAGCCAGCCAGCAGCAGUCAGUCGAUCAGUCAGCCUGUCCAGCAAGUCCACUCAAUCCAGCCACAAUCGAGUGCCCAGCCCUCGGCGCUGAGCAAUCCAACGCUCGCUCUCUACGGCAACGGAGGCGACGACGACGAGGAGGAGGAGGACGACGACGGGGAGGAGGAGGAGGACGAAGUGGACGGCGACGAGGACGAGGAGGACGACUCCGAGGACAUCAUGGGCAGCCGGCGACGGCAGAUCUACGAGACGGCCUUCGACUGCAAGAUAGCCAAGUCGGAUGACGAUCUGGACGAGGUGGAUCGCAUCACCAACUGUUCGGUGUUGCUGCAACUGAGCAAUGGCAACGGCAAUUCCGCAGAUCUCAACAAGGUCACCGCCUCCGCGAAAACACGAGCGGAAUGCAAGCGGGCUAAGAACUCAAAGAACCAGGCGCUGCAGGAGCAAACCGGCGAGGCGCAUGUCCAGGUCCAUCAGGUCCAAGCGGAUCUGAGCAAGCUCCAGCUCAGCCAGGUGGAUCAGCAGAAUCAGAACAAGAGUCAGGGCGAGAAUCUUGGGGUAAUCGCCAGCGGCAGUGGAGCGGCCAGUGUUUCCAGCACCCAGCAGCUGCCCGUUCGCGGUUAUACGCCAUCGCCUCCCUCAACUGCUCCGCUGCCGAUGAAGUUCCCCGGGAAGCAUGAACGCUACCUGAACAUGAACAGCAUCCGGAGUGCACCCAAUCUGCCCGCCGCCAACCCGGCACAUCCGCGCCUCCGCGAUCUCCGCCUGCCCAUCCAAUCGAUGAGGCACCAGUGCGGCGGAGGCGGUGGUGGUGGUGGCAGCAGCAAUGACAACAGUCUCACCGACAGCGCCUAUGUGAAUCCGCCCUCAACCAACUCCAAUUCGAAUGCCGCCUCGGGUUCGGCAUCCGCUUCUGUUUCGGCAGCAGGAACGGCAGCUGCGCGAAGACCGCGCUCCUUUGUCCUGGAAUCGGGAAGAGUGCUCGAGCUGCGACGCAGUGCCCAGGGUCAUCAUCACCAUCAUCACAAUCAGUCCUCACCAGGCGGUGGUCAAUCGCAGGCGUCGCACCACCACCACCAUCACCAUCAUCACGGCGGCAGGAGGCACCGCCAGGGGCAGGGACAAGCGGGACAAGCGGGCGGUGGUGGUCACAACUACAGCAGCACGGAGAGCAUUGCCACCUCGAGCAGUGGCGGCAGCAUGGAAUCGCUGCGUUCCAGCACGAGUGAGGGCAACCGGAGCACCUCCAGUUCGGAGUCGCGCCACUCGAGUUCGCUGAGUUCGCACAGUUCGGAGAGUGGCAGUGGCGGCAGCGGGGGAUCCAGUGUGGCCUACCCCCUGCGACCGGCGCCACUGCUCCUGCACUCCAAGCUGCACAUUCUAAGUCCAAUCUCCGAUAAGUCCUCCCAGGAACCCGCCUCCGCUAGUGGAGCCUCGGAGCAAUCGCAGCAGCCGUCCCAAGCGCCAAUGGCCGCGCAGGAGGAGGACUCAAUUAGUGGCGCCCCCGGGGCGCUGCAGGUCAGUGCCUCACUGAAGCAGCCGCGCAGUCGUGCUGCCCCCAAUAAAGCUCUGCUGCAACUGGCUGAUGAGCUCUUGGGCUCGGAUAGUGGAAUAUCCUUGCACUCGCGAGAGGAGGGGAAGCCACAGGCUUUGGCGCUGCAGCGUUUGACGCUGCCCAAGUUGCAACUGAUCGGAGCCGAGGGAACGAAUUCCGCGGGCGGAAGUUCCGCCACGGGUGGCAGCACCGCCGGAGUAAGUGCCUCCGGUUCGGGAGCUGCAGUGGGAUCGGCUGGCAUUCCGCAGGAUCUGCGGGACUUACCCUUCGAUAUGCCGAAGUUGAGGCGCCGCAAGACGUUGCAACAGGAGGCGGCCUGCACGUCGGGCAGUGCCACCUCCGUGGAUCUCGGUGAGCUGCCCUUCGACAUGCCCAAGCUAAGGAGGCGUUUGAGGGCCAACCAGGCGGAGAUCAACAACCUGCUGAUGCACAGCACCGAAUCCAGCGGCAUCUCGCAGGCAUCCUCCAGUCACUCGAUGCGCGACGAUCAGAAGUUGGCCAGCAAGUUGGAUACAGCACUAUUCCGGCAAAACCUCACCCUUAACCUAAAUGAAUCGCGACAGGCGACCAAGCAGUUUGGCAGCCUCGAUCUGCGGGGUCUCAACAGCAACAAGGAGCUGAACAUGAACCUCAGCCAGGGAUACGUCACAGCCGUCGACUUGAUCGAUGUCACCAUUCCACUGGAGCGACAGGGUUGGUACCAUGGCGCCAUAACGCGAGUCGAAGCGGAGACCACGCUUCGUCCGCUGUCCGAGGGUUCCUUCCUGGUCCGCAACUGCGAGUCCACCAAGCAGGACUACUCGCUGUCACUCAAGGGCGCCAAGGGCUUCAUGCACAUGCGGAUCCAGCGGAACGAGACGGGCCAGUAUAUUUUGGGCCAGUUCAGCCGUCCCUUCGAGACGGUGCCGGAGAUGAUCCGGCACUUCUGCCUCAACCGGCUGCCAGUUCGCGGUGCCGAGCACAUGUGUCUGAUCGAGCCGGUCAUCGCCCAGCUGCUCUAGAGAAGCUCCAGCUCUGUGCUCCAAAACAAAACAAAUAUAAACGCAGAUUGAGGAGAUUGUCCGGCGGAGGAAACCAAACAGAAUAACAUAUUAAUAGCGUGUAGAGGACCUAGGAACCUAUGUGAACAUGUAUGCACUAGUUAUAUUACGCGAUAGUUGUAAAAGGAUGGUGGCAAUUUUUUCAUGUUUUUUUUUCCCUGCCUCGAGUUUUGUAUGUCGGUCUACACACUAGCAAAAAAAAAAAAAGAAGAAAA